UCUUCCUUUCAAUACACAACACACACACACAGAGUGAUAUAUACUUUUCUCUCUCUCUCUCUCACACACACACAUACAUUCAACAGUUUCAAGUAAAGGAUCUUUACGUCCUCACUUCUUUGAACACUUUAUAUCAAAUCCUAAUAAUCGUUGUUAUCAAUAGUUGUGAAUUGUGAUGGAGAUAUUGUUUCAACCAUGUCCUAAUUUAACGGCCGCGAAAUUAGGAUUUGAUGCACAAUUAUCUGGUCGGCUGUUUGCAAUCAACAACAAACGGCGGAGUAGUGCACAAAGGAAAUGGUGGCAUGGGAAAUUGAGAUGGAAGUGCAGCAGCACGAUGAAUAUGUCGUCAGGUGAUGGUGGAGGAUCGAAAAAGGAAGGAGUGUUAUUAGGUGCUGAGAAAGAUGAAUCUGGCUCUAUUGUUGGCUUCAAUUUCCUUUCCGCUCCUGCAGCUGACACCAAAAUCGGCAACUCUCCUGAUAAUAUUUCAAAUGAUCAAGAAGAAGUCAUCGUGGAUGAUGUCUUAGCAGAGGAAACAUCUACAAAAGUGACCCACAACAUUGUUUUUGUUACGUCUGAGGCAGCACCAUACUCCAAAACUGGAGGCUUGGGAGACGUUUGUGGCUCUUUGCCCAUUGCACUUGCAGCACGUGGGCAUCGUGUAAUGGUUGUUACACCUAGAUAUUUGUGUGGUGGACCGGCAGAUAAGAAGUUUGCUAGUGCUGUUGAUCUUGAUUGUCGAAUUAAGGUUUCUUGUUCCGGCGGGGUACAGGAGGUUGCAUUUUUUCACGAGUAUAGAGCAGGUGUUGAUUGGGUGUUUGUGGACCACCCUUCUUUCCACCGUCCUGGAACUCCAUAUGGUGACGCUUAUGGUGCAUUUGGUGAUAAUCAGUUUCGGUUCACCUUACUCUGUCAUGCAGCAUGUGAGGCUCCUUUAGUACUUCCUUUGGGAGGGUUUACAUAUGGUGAAAGAUGUUUGUUCCUUGCCAACGAUUGGCAUGCAGGUCUUGUGCCAGUACUAUUGGCAGCAAAGUAUCGCCCCUAUGGAGUUUACAAAGAUGCCAGGAGUAUUGUUGUGAUACAUAAUCUUGCACACCAGGGAGUUGAGCCUGCAUCAACUUAUAACAAUUUUGGGCUGCCCCCAGAGUGGUAUGGAGCUUUGGGGUGGGUUUUUCCUACUUGGGCAAGAACACAUGCUCUUGACACUGGUGAAGCUGUUAAUAUUCUAAAAGGUGCACUUGUCACUGCUGACCGGAUACUGACAGUUAGCCAGGGCUAUUCUUGGGAAAUUACAACUCCAGAAGGUGGAAACGGUUUGGACGAGCUCCUCACUAGUCGAAAAACUGUUGUGAAUGGGAUCACAAAUGGUAUUGACACGACCGAAUGGAAUCCCUCUCUAGAUGAGCACAUUCCUUCGCAUUACUCUAUGGAUGAUCUUUCAGGAAAGAUCGAAUGCAAGAUUGCUCUUCAAAAGGAAUUAGGUUUACCAGUUCGGCCAGAUGUCCCAUUGAUAGGAUUUAUUGGGAGGUUGGACUACCAAAAAGGAAUUGAUAUAAUUCUCUCAGGUACUCCAGACCUGUUGCAAGAUGAUGUUCAGUUUAUAAUGCUUGGGUCUGGAGAAAAACAAUAUGAAGAGUGGAUGAGAGCCACUGAAGCAACAUUCAAAGAUAAAUUCCGUGGAUGGGUUGGGUUUAAUGUUCCCAUUUCUCACCGGAUAACAGCAGGAUGUGAUAUUCUACUAAUGCCCUCAAGGUUUGAGCCAUGUGGUCUAAAUCAGCUGUAUGCUAUGAGAUAUGGAACUAUACCAGUAGUCCAUGGAACUGGAGGACUUGGAGACACUGUGAAGACUUUCAAUCCAUUUGCUAAUGAAGGCAGAGGUGAAGGUACCGGGUGGGCUUUCAAACCAUUGACAAGAGAAAGCAUGUUGGAUGCACUGCGGGUUGCUAUAGAGACUUACAGGAAACACAAACCUUCUUGGGCUGGGUUGAUGAAGAGAGGAAUGGAAAGGGAUUACUCAUGGAAUAAUGCUGCAGUCCAGUAUGAGGAAAUUUUUGAAUGGGUUUUCAUUGAUCCUCCUUAUGUCGGCUGAUUAAUAUGGAAUUUUGAGAUAUCCAAGGAGUUACAGUCGAGGAAGUAGAUACUUGAUAGGUCAACUACAAGGAUCUUUAUUCUGCAGAGUUCCAUACAUGGUUGCAACCAAUCUGAUUCAGUCUGCUGGAUAUAGUUCUACAUGAGGAUCUAGUCAGGUUCUAAACAACAUUGCAUCAUGAUAGCAAGUUCUGGAGUGCCAGUCUGUUCUCAGUCGGUGGGUGCCUUCCAUAUAACUGGAGUGUAUUAUAUUAAAGAGAUAGGUUCUAAUAACAUUCUUAUUGACCAUAUCUUAGAGGAAUAUACAGAUUUUGUUACAUAAAUAAGCUUGUAAUAAAUUACUCAAGUAUGUUCAUGGAAA